GCCCGGAUGUGAGCGGCUCACGAUGGGGCUCCCAGGGAAACAUGCCAUUAGCCGCGUCUCCGCGGGGGAGGCCGUGGUGGUGAGGAGGAGAGCGCUGUAAACUUGGAACAACAACUUUGGGACCGGCUGCUCCGCUCCUCUCUCUCUCUGUGUGUGUGUUUGGGGGGGGGGGGGGGGGGUCGUGGUUUUUUUUUUUUUUUUUUUUUUUUUAAAGGAAGGACGGAGGGGGGAAAGUCCCAGAGCCACCACGGUGCGAGCAGUUUGUCAGUCACCAUGUGUCUGUAAAAACAAUAGGGGCAAAAGUUGCUGGACUUUUUUUUUUUUUUUACCUUUUUUUUUUUUACCUUUUUUUUUUUUUUUACCUUUUUUUUAAAUUUUUUUUUCUGAAAUUUUGUAUUUUUUUUUUUCCGGCUGGCUGGUGUUUCGGCUGGCCGGGUGGGGGAGCGGUUGGCGGUCGGUAACCCAAAAACCCAACAAAGCCAGGUGUAGGGUGCCUGUAAAGCUGUGGAGUACCCGGAGCAGCACUGACCCCCCCAGUACUUCUUCGUGGUUUCGGAGGGUCACACACGUGUGAGAUAAUAAAGCACUUUGGCAGAAGAUUCCUUUUUUUUUUUCCUUUUUUUUUUUUUUUUUACAAAAUUUUUUCUUUUUUCUCCCUUGGAAUAUUGUGAACAUAUUUGUGGCCAUUUAAGAUGUUUUCACCUCCUGUGAGCAGUGGCAAAAAUGGACCAACUUCCUUGGCAAGUGGACAUUUUACUGGCUCAAAUGUAGAAGACAGAACUAGCUCAGGGUCCUGGGGGAAUACAGGACAUCCUAGUCCAUCCAGGAACUAUGGAGAUGGGACUCACUACGAUCAUAUGGCGAGCAGAGACCUCGGGUCACACGACAAUCUCUCUCCUCCUUUUGUCAAUUCCAGAAUACAAAGUAAAACAGAAAGGGGUUCGUACUCGUCGUAUGGAAGAGAUUCGAAUUUACAGGGUUGCCACCAGCAAAGUCUCCUGGGAGGGGAGAUGGACAUCGGCAACCCCGGGGCGCUCUCCCCCAGCAAGCCGGGCUCCCAGUACUACCAGUACUCCAGCAAUAACCCCCGCCGGAGGCCUCUGCACAGCACCUCCAUGGAAGUACAAACAAAGAAAGUUCGGAAAGUUCCUCCAGGUUUGCCGUCCUCAGUUUAUGCCCCGUCAGCAAGCACUGCCGACUACAAUAGGGAUUCACCAGGUUAUCCAUCCUCAAAACCAGCAGCCAGCACUUUUCCUAGCUCCUUCUUCAUGCAAGAUGGCCAUCACAGCAGCGACCCGUGGAGCUCCUCCAGCGGGAUGAACCAGCCCGGCUACGGGGGCAUGCUGGGCAACUCUUCUCACCUCCCCCAGUCCAGCAGCUACUGCAGCCUGCACCCCCACGACCGCUUGAGCUACCCAUCACACUCCUCAGCAGACAUCAACUCCAGUCUUCCUCCGAUGUCCACCUUCCACCGCAGUGGCACGAAUCAUUACAGCGCCUCGUCGUGCACGCCGCCUGCCAACGGGACCGACAGCAUCAUGGCAAACAGAGGAAGUGGGGCGGCAGGCAGCUCGCAGACUGGUGAUGCGCUGGGGAAAGCACUUGCCUCUAUCUAUUCUCCAGAUCACACCAACAACAGCUUUUCAUCAAAUCCUUCAACUCCUGUUGGUUCUCCCCCUUCUCUCUCAGCAGGCACAGCUGUUUGGUCUAGAAAUGGAGGUCAAGCGUCAUCAUCUCCCAAUUAUGAAGGUCCCUUACACUCUUUGCAAAGCCGGAUCGAGGACCGCCUGGAGAGGCUGGACGACGCCAUCCACGUGCUGCGCAACCACGCGGUGGGGCCCGCCACCGCCAUGCCGGGCGGCCACGCCGACAUGCACGGCUUGAUAGGGCCCUCGCACAACGGCGCCAUGGCGGGCCUGGGCUCCGGCUACGGCACCGGCCUGCUCUCCGCCAACCGGCACUCGCUCAUGGUCGGCGCCCACCGCGAGGACGGGGUGAGCCUCCGCGGCAGCCACUCGCUCGUGCCAAACCAGGUGCCGGUGCCCCAGCUGCCCGUCCAGUCGGCCACGUCCCCGGACCUGAACCCGCCCCAGGACCCCUACAGGGGCAUGCCAGCUGGACUGCAAGGGCAGAGCGUCUCUUCAGGUAGCUCCGAAAUCAAAUCUGACGACGAGGGAGACGAAAACCUCCAGGACACAAAAUCUUCUGAGGACAAGAAACUAGAGGAUGACAAGAAGGAUAUCAAAUCAAUUACUAGGUCAAGAUCUAGCAAUAACGACGAUGAGGACCUGACACCCGAGCAGAAAGCCGAGCGAGAAAAGGAGAGGCGAAUGGCCAACAACGCUCGGGAGCGCCUGCGCGUGCGCGACAUCAACGAGGCGUUCAAGGAGUUGGGCCGGAUGGUGCAACUCCACCUGAAGAGCGACAAGCCCCAGACGAAGCUCCUGAUUUUGCACCAGGCUGUGGCUGUCAUCCUCAGCUUAGAGCAGCAAGUCAGAGAAAGAAACCUGAAUCCUAAAGCAGCCUGUCUGAAAAGAAGGGAAGAAGAGAAAGUCUCUUCAGAUCCUCCUCCACUUUCCCUGGCAGGACCCCACCCUGGGAUGGGAGAUGCCUCCAAUCACAUGGGACAGAUGUAAAAAAAGGUCCAAGUUGCCACAUUUCUUCAUUUAAACAAGAGACCACUUCCUUAACAGCUGUAUUAUCUUAAACCCACAUAAACACUUCUCCUUAACCCCUUUUUUGUAAUAUAAGACAAGUCUGAGUAGUUAAGAAUCACAGACGCAAGAGGUUUCAGCAUUCCCGAUUAUUAAAAACAAGAAAAAACAAACAAAAAGUGCAACUUGAGGGACGACUCUCUUUAACAUAUCAUUCAGAAUGUCUAACGCAGUAUGUUACGAGCUGUAAGUGCACAGCCUAGAGACUGAAUGGCAAUCUUCUCCACACUGUGGGACAAUGCAUUUGUGCCUAAACUUCUUUUGGAAAAAAAAAAAUAUAAUUAAUUUGUAAGUCUGAAAAAAAUAUUUAAUUUAAAAAUUGUAAACUUGCAAUAAUGAAAAAGUGUACUUCUGAAGAAAAAAAUGAGCGUUUUUGUUGGUGUGCUAGACAGCUAGUGUUUAUACUUACUGGAUAUUAAAAGGGAAGCUUUGCUGCCCAGAUAUUUACAAAACCAGCAAACGUCCUAAUGAAAACUGAAGUGAUGACAUUAGCCAUUCCUUAGGGUAGGAGGAACAGAUGGAUCUUAUAGACCUAUGACAAAUAUAUAUAUAUAAAUAUAUAUAUAAAUAUAUAUUAAAAAUUUAGUGAAUAUGGUAAGCUUUUGUUCAUUUGUUUCAGACUUUUUUGCUCCUGUAAAAAAAUAGUACUGAUUAACUUUUUUAAAAAGAAGAUUUUACUGUAAAUAAGGAUUUUUUUGUCUUAUUUCUGUCCCUCUCCCCUGUUUUCGUUAUUGUAACCUGUAGUGCCAACUCUGUCUCUGGAGGGGUAGUGCAGGAACGAAACGCUGACCCUGACGUUGCUUCUCAUUCAUAAAUAAGUAGAGAGUUGUUUCUUCGGUCUUUUUGGGAACACAGGACUUAAAAAGUCACGUCGUGUGUAGAUACUACAGGCAGCGUUACCGAGCCCGGCGAGGCGAGCUGGUCGCAUGGUGACGUUGCUCUGGUUGACCCUUUUUCUGGGAUUUUCAGAGGUACAAGGUUAGAAUGCUACAAUGUUACCACUGUGCCUUCCAAUGUUUAUAUCAUCAGAAGCAUAACAUAAUCAAAGUGGCUGUGAUUUAACGAACCGAUUAAAAGUGUUACCUAUGUGUGUAGCCUAAAUAGUGUGCAGUGAGGCGUUUCUGAAUACAUGGUCAGAUUUGGGGGGGGCGGGAGGGGGGGAACCAUCCGGGGGGAAAACUGCAAGUAGUGUGACAGAUUCGACUGACUUCUUUGCGUUGUUCUUCUCUUGUUUUUAAGUGGAUUAUUUAAGUGUAGACCACUUGCUGCCUCCUCCUUUAUUUGUAAGAUGCCAAUUUCAGUCAUCAUGCAGCAUUAUAACAAGCCUUAUGAGUCCUAAAGCAUUAAGUUGCACUUUCUCGAGGAGGGGUGGUAGUACAGUAUUUCUCUGGCCAGUAUGAAUGAAGUUUUUACUUAACAUAUUUAAUAGUAACAUAGAUCAAACUAUGGCACAGCAACUCAUCAGAUAACUAGCUUUGAAGUCUGGGCACAAUUGAACCAACUUCCAUAGUGAAUCUUUAAUAACGAUUGACUUUGGUGUACAGUACAAUUAACAGAUAGUGCUCCUAGUUAAGUAUUUGUCAGCAUCCUUUUGUCUCUAAUUCCAGUUUCUAUUUUUACAGCCACACAAACCUGGCAUGUAUUUUAAAUAAAAUCUCCCUGUUCGAGUAGAUUUUCCACCUAUCAACACUGAAUAAAUGCCAUAAAUCCAUCAAACGGUCUAAAUGUUCCAUCUGUUCUCCUGUUUUGCCAGUUAUAUAGUAAUGAAAAAUACAUUUGUAAAUUUUAUGCAACAAAUGGCAAACGUAUCAUUAUUUUGGAAUUGUGUAUGUAAAAGUUAUAUUUUUACAUGUAGACUCUUGUUAUUAUGUGUUUUAAUACAUUGUAUCAGUUUUUGUUUAUAAAAAAAUCUGUGUGGUUGAAAAAAAAGUCUCAUUUAAAUGAAAUAGUGAGAUACGAGAAUCUGAAUUUUAUGUUUGUUUCUGAAGACGUAAAGAACAAAUAUGAUAGCUACCAUGUGAUCACCUUCGACAUACCCAUAAACAUUUUGAUUAGCUGUGUGCGUGCUGAAAACUGUAAAUAUGUUCAGUAGCGAUAAAACUGAGAAAUGUUUUGAUUUGUCGAUAAGUUUCUCAAAUGUGGAGGUGGAUUAAACCACUAGAUAAAAACAAAAAGCAGUAGAGGAGAAUGCACUGAGGUUUGAUUCAGAGUUACAAAUGCGUAUUAUGUUGAGAACGCCGGACUUUCGACAGGCCUGGUUUCCAUGCAAGUGGGGGUAAUAAAGACGAAUCCCACCCGACGUUAGCGGCAGCCGCUGUUUCUGAGCGCUGGUAUCCUCAGCAGGGUGGAGGCUUCCGUUUCGUGUGUGUACUGUCACGCUGGAUGGUGUUGAGAGUGAAAUGACGAUGAACAAGCCAUAUUUUUUUUCCAGGAGAUCUCAGACCCGGUGGAGCCCACUCAGUGUCUGUCUGUAAUGUGGUCUUGUAAGGAACCUGAAAGGAGCCUCUCGAUUCACGGAGAUUUUAAGAACUGUGCUUCUGAUAAACAAUGUAAAAAAAAAAAUAAUUACGAGGCCAACUUCAUGUUUGUUUAAAACAAUCUGUGGACAGAAAAUAAAUGACAAGUGUAGUUUGUGGAACGUGUAAGAAAGAAAACGCUUUUGUUGUUCCGCUCGCAGUCCGCUUUCACUUAACUUGAGGAGCAGCUCCAGGUUGUGUCCGACGGCUCUGAUGUGCGCGGCCACCGCGUGAGAAGUAGAUUGCACACUGAACUUCACUUUCAGGCUAACGGUCCGUAGUUUAUGCAGGAUAAGCAUUCGUCCUUCCCGGAUUGAAGAACUGAAGAUCCUGUCCUGCUUCCACUCCGGAUGAGGCAAGACCCCAAAAAAUAACACCACCCCAAAAGCAAACCACAAAGUGUGUACUCCUGAAUUUUUUCCAUUCUUUCCCAAAGCAGGUAAGGUAUGUGCAUCUCAAGUUGCCUUCGUCAGGGGAGAUUUAGCUGAUGAUACUUAAAGCAAUGAAGGUUUUAGAAAGCUCUAUCCUGUGGUAACAAACCGGGCUAAGAAACUCGCUACAAAAUAAAUACCGAAAUAGCAGCUUUUAACGAAAUGAUCCACCUCCACAUUCAAGUAAUUUAUGAAUAUGCUGAAUAGGGAAUCUGUUCAUCUAGAACUUUUUUACCAUUUGUCUUCUGUGUAGCUGCAAGGAACACUAAUGUUUAUACAACUGUCAGUCCUACCAGUGAUGCAACUUGUACUGAUUCAGUCUUCCGAGUUUUUUUUUGUUUGCUUUUGUUUUUGCUUUUCUUUUUUUUUGGUUUUUUUUUUUUGUUGUUGUUGUUGUUUUCUUUCGGGGUUGGGGGGGAAGGCGAUAAAGAUGGGUGGUCAGGGAGAGGAGGGUUUCAUCUUUGUAUCCAAUAGGCAGAAUAUGAUCCGUGUCCAAAAGUGAACAAUACAGUACAUUGCCAGGAAUGAAGAGAUUUCAGCGGAAACAAGCACAAAAAAAAAAAAAAAAAGGAAAAAAAAGAAAAAAAAGAAAGGAAAAAAAAAAAGAAAAAAUGAAAAAAAAAGAAAAGAAAAAAAGAAAAAAAAAAGAAAAAGAAAAAAAUUAGUCCACUGGUUGACUGGAAAAAAAACUAAAAACCUAGAGGUGGAAUAUGAUGAAUUCCAACACAACGGGGCACCAGGGCCCUUGGGGGGCCCUACCUUUUUGUUUUGUUUCUGUUUUGUUUGUUUGUUUUUUAAGAACAUGUUCUUUCUCAUGGGACUUGAAGUUGAUUCAUAUUUGUGCAGUGCUGGUUUGACCAUACUCAUUUCAAGUAUUAUAGACUUAUGUAAUGGUGAAAAUAUAUGAACUGUGGCCUUUUUCAUUCUUGUUACUUGUGAUGCAAUUAAGUGAAGAUAAGAAAAAAAAAAAAAAAGCAGAGAUUUACCAUGUAUCAGUGCCUGGCUUUUUGUUAUAAAGCUUCGUUUGUCUAGUGCUCUUUUUGCUAUAAAAUAGACUGUAGUACACCCUAGUAGGAAAAAAAAAAAACUAAAUUUAAAAA